AUGGAAUUUACACUUAAUGUACAAGAAGUUUAAAUAACAUUGAUACAUAGAGCUUCUGAUACUAAAAAUUCAGAACAACUUUAUUAAUUUAUUGCUAUUAGUAGAAUUGAUAUUGUAAAAGGUGAUAUUACUGCAAAAUUUUAUGAAGAUAGAUUUUUAGUAUAAGGAGAAUUAGGUGAUAUUCAGAUAAUGGACCUAACAGGAUAUCCUGAUUCAGAAUUAAUAUAUAAUUAGUUUUUCAACAUUAAUGGAUUUAAAAUAUUCGGAUAGGAUGAUACAUAAUAAGGAAAUAGUAUUUUAAAAUUAGAUUUUUUAAGUUAUUAUUCUAAUACAUAAAGUAAGAUUUAAAACUUUAUAUAUAAUAAAUGUCAUGUUGAGAUACGUAAAAUAAUACUUAUUUAUUUCUAAAAACCUAUUUUGAGGUUAGUAAACUAUAUAAACGAAUAACUUUUGGCUGUUUUUGCGAAUAACUAUAAUAAUUAAGAUGAGAAAAAUGAAGAUAAUGAAAAUAUUAAACAUAAUUAGUAUGAAAUUUUAAAAUAAUUAUUUAGUCCUAAGCUAACUUAAUAUGUUUUAGAAAUCGAUAAACCUACUAUUAUUCUUAAAUAAUAACCAAAAUCUUAAGAUUUCAUUAAGUUAGAUUUAGGUCCUAUUUGUAUUAGAAAUUGUACAGAUAAAAAGGUAUCUGAUGAGUUAAAAAAUUAUAGGAAAAUAAAUUUUAUUUGGGAUGAAGAAAUCGAAAUUAAAUGUGGGUAAAUGGCUAUUUUUAUGAAAUCGAAUAAUAAAAUUAAUUAAGUUUCAGAAAAUAUUGACUUUACACUUUAAAUUAAUAGUUAACCUUUUUUUAAAUAAUAUUAAUUAUUGCUUAAAAACAAAAUAGAUCUAACUAAUUAUAUAAAUAUUAUUGGCGAAGCACACAAGAUAUAAUUAAAAUUAUUCAAAUAUUAAUAUGCUUUGAUAAUGAUGGUUUUAAAACAAAAUAUUUAAUUUGAAGAUGGAAAUGAUAAAGAUUUUAUUUUUAAUUAUAAUUAAAAAUCUAAAAGUGAACCAGAACCGAAAAAAAAGGAAAUACAAAUAAAUUUUGAUGAAAUAUCUCUUUCAAUAUUAGACUAAUAAUCUCAAUAUUUAUAACCAGGUUUCUAAUUUCAAAAUUAUGAUAGAGUAUAUGUAAAACUAAGUAUAGAAGAGGCAAAAUUUAUAUAUAGUUAAUAUAACAACCAUUUUUUUGAAAUCGAAAUAUAUGGAAAGUAAUUAGUUGGUUAUUAUUUUUUAUAUGCUUUUAGUAAAUUUUUAAACUAAGAAGUUUUAGAAGAUUAGAAAUAUGGAUUUUUAGGAAAAAUAGGCUUGUAGUAAAAAAAAGUGAAUAUCUCUUAAAAUUAAUUUCUAAAAUAAAAAAAUUCUUUAAUAAAUUAAGUAAAUGAUUUGGAGACUUAUAAAAAAAAUGCACAGGCUUCUAUUCUUAUAAAAAUAUUUUAAGAUGGAGAUAUUGAUAUGAAAUUGGAGUUAUCUAAUUCGAAACUUUUUAUUAAUAAUUAUGUUAUCUUUACAAUUCUUAAUUUUCUUAAGUUAGAGCCAAUUAGUAAAAUUAAUACUUUGAAAAAUGUAGAUGAAAAAUAUAAAAGUGAAAAAUAAAGCAAUUUUAAACUAGAAUUAUAAAUGAAAAGUAUUCUUAUUGGUCUAUAAUCAAGUCCAGAAGCUAAACAUGUUAUUGCAUUGUAAGGAAAAGUAACUAUUAAAUAUGAACUAAGUAUGAAUUCUAAUUAUCAUACUGAUUAUCACCAAACUAAAGAAUUUAAUAAAGAAAUUUAAAAAUAAAGAAUUUAAUAGUCAAUUAAAAAUUAAAAAUUUUUUAAUGAAAAAUAAAAAUAAUAAGUGCAAACUAUAAGAAUAGACGCAGAAUCUAUAUAGUUAUAUAAUUGUUUACUUUCAGAUAUUUAGUCUUUAAAUUAAAAUGACCAAAAAUUUAAAAAAAGAAAUAUCAUGGCACCAUUUGAUUUAAAUAUUAUUUAAUAAUAAUUUAUAUGUGAAUGUUAUUAAUAAUAGUCUCAAAUUAAUAAAAUUGAUUGUAAAUUUGGAAAAAUAAGGUGUACUUUAACUUAUUAACCUUGA